UGUUUGACACCCAGUCAAUGAUUCGUGACUGGAUCGAUCGCCAACAAUGCAGCCACUAUGACAAGAGAUGUAGACUCACUCAAGCAGUUAUCGAGAUUGGUCGUCAUGAUUUGAUUAAUUGUUUUGGAGUAAACGACCAUAACCGUUCAAUCGGAAAAGACCCUGGAGGAUUACACCCUUAUCCCCAUCAGUUCAGUCAUGAGAGUGCCUACAUUGAUGACAUAAGAGAAAUUGUGUCAUUCCUUCCGAAAGAGAGAAGGGCAUAUUUCUGCAAACCAAUGCUGAUCUCCCUAAACGUAGACGGAAAAGACGAAAAACAUCUUGAACCACAAGAUUGGGAAAACAUGAUCUCGGCAACAAACACUUCAUACGAGCCACUGGAAAAGCUUGCUACACGCUUCCAACUAACCUUAACAAAGGCUAAUUGUCGCGGGUUUGAGGUAACGGAUGAAGAAUUGGAAAUAGCAGCCGAAUUCAUCAAUGCAGCAAACACGAAAUUGCAGCCAACGUACAGCGGAACUCCUCACAAAACAGCUACCGGAAGUGGAAACGACAAUGGGGAUAAGAAGGCAAGCCAAAAGCUCGAAGCUCCCAAGAAUAAACAAGUUACCACAGUGGAUGGGACUUGUCAUGCAGACAAUAAUGAACAUUCCAGUAAAACAGAUGUUGAAGGCAAUAACACGCAUCUUGCUGCAUCAAAUGAAGUAUCACAUCCGGAAAAAGUAUCAGGCCUCAUUAAAUACGUUCCUUAUUUUUCAUUGAAUGGAUCGAAUUCGCUUUGA